AGAAUACUAUUCAAAUACAUUGAUCAUGUGAUUGUUGACUCAAUAGUCACUCCUUAAAUAUCGAGUCAUCUAUCUGUUAAAGAAAAUAAAUAAAUAGCAAGGAGAUGGUGGUUUGAUUGGCACUUGCAUGGCUGUGUGACACCUUAUUAGUUUAAAUGGAAUCACACUGGACAGUUUGGAACACGGACUUUCAUUCUGAUAACUUUGUCAAUGAACUCAAUCCUGCAGAUCCACUUUAUUCCAUCGAUGACCCUAUUCCUACCAAUUGUUCAUUUGGACGAAAGAAACGCCGGGAAGAGAUGACCAUUCCCAAACUACCCAAAUUCUUCAUUAUACCACAUAAGAAUAAUUCAGGUAUAGGCCGAGGUCUGUCAAAGUCUUCAGGAACAGUAACCAAACCAGGACAACUUUCAUUCCAGCAAUCACACAAAGUAUCAGAUGAAGUUUUGUGUGAACAACAACCAAAAUGUUAUCAACCACUAUGUUCCACCAGAUCAGACAAUCUUCAAAAUCUUGCAAGACAUGAGAAGAAAGAAUCAAUAAUUUUUGAUCAAAAUUCAUUCAACAACUUAGAUAUUACCUGUUUUAAGGAAGUUGAAAAAAAUGAUAAUUCAAAGGAGAUAGACAUUUGUAAUGAUAAUGACUUUCCAGAAUUAAUUACUAAUAAUGGUUCUGAAAAUAGCAUCACUAAAAGGACAAGGAAACCUCGAUGCAGUAAAAAAUAGUAAAAAAUGGGCUUUAAAUUUGUUAUUUUUAACCUGUUUCUAUAAUUUA